GUCUUAAUAUGAAACCGAAAAUUUCUCCUCAUAUGAUAACUGUGUAUUUAUCUGGUAAAUGCCCUCAACGCCUUGAAAUCCUGCGUGAAAGCCACCUGUGAACUCUUCCUCUCUCCCUCUACUCUACAUAAACUGCUCUUUUUCUUGCAAAUUUUGACUGAAAAGUUAGUUUAAAACAAUUACUGAAAAUGGGAAAGGCUUUGUUUUUGCUACUAGUCGUGGUGUGCUGUGCACUGGUGGCGGGUGUGAGUGGCUAUGAAGACGAAUGGAGGUGGGAGGAUGAAGAAGGUGGUGGAGAAGAGGGUGGCGCUUGGCGGCCGGAAGGAGUUGAUUGGUUCUUGUUGCAAGAUUCAAAGCAAGUGGUGAAGACUGAUGCAGGGAAUAUGAGGGUGGUGAGGGGUUUUGGAGGAAAAUUUAUGAAAAGUCCAUUGCAUAUUGGUUUCAUUACUAUGGAGCCCAAAAGUCUUUUCAUACCUCAGUAUCUUGAUUCCAGUCUCAUCCUCUUCAUUCGCGAAGGGGAAGCAAGAAUCGUGCAUAUCUACAAAGACGAAUUGGUUGAAAAGCACUUAAAAGCUGGAGAUAUCUAUAGAAUUGAAGCAGGCUCGGCUUUUUAUCUGAUUAAUGCGGCAGAAAGUCAGAUACUACAUACAAUAUGCAGUAUCGACACAUCCGAGAGCUUGGGAUGGCACACAUUCCAGGUACAAUCCGAGUAUUCAUUUCCCUUCUCAUUUGUUUCGAGAAAUAUAUGA